AUGCAGCAGGGGAGAGAGGAUGUUGGGGAAACUACACCCCCUACCACUCAGCUACACCCCCUACCACCCAGCUACACCCCCCUACCACCCAGCUACACCCCCCUACCACCCAGCUACACCCCCUACCACCCAGCUACACCCCCCUACCACCCAGCUACACCCCCCUACCACCCAGCUACACCCCCCUACCACCCAGCUACACCCCCUACCACCCAGCUACAACCCCCUACCACCCAGCUACACCCCCCCUACCACCCAGCUACACCCCCCUACCACCCAGCUACACCCCCUACCACUCAGCUACACCCCCCUACCACCAGCUACACCCUCCUACCACUCAGCUACACCCCAUUACCACACAGCUACACCCCCCUACCACCCAGCUACACCCCUCUACCACUCAGCUACACCCCCCUACCACCCAGCUACACCCCUCUACCACCCAGCUACACCCCUCUACCACUCAGCUACACCCCCCUACCACCCAGCUACACCCCCUACCACUCAGCUACACCCCCCUACCACUCAGCUACACCCCCCUACAACCCAGUGACACCCCCCAGCGACACCCCCCUACCACUCAGCUACACCCCCCCCCCCUACCACCCAGCUACACCCCCCCUACCAUCCAGCGACACCCCCCUACCACCCAGCUACACCCCCCUACCACCCAGCUACACCCCCCUACCACCCAGCUACACCCCCUACGCUCUGUGGGGUGUGUUUCCUGAGACAGGACUCACUGCAGCUGCAGAGUGGAAUAGUGUCCUGCUCCGACUCCGCAUAACCAGCACAGGGCCAGCUGCAGAGUGGAACAGUGUCCUGCUCCGACUCCGCAUAACCAGCACAGGGCCAGCUGCAGAGUGGAACAGUGUCCUGCUCCGACUCCGCAUAACCAGCACAGGGCCAGCUGCAGAGUGGAACAGUGUCCUCCUCCGACUCCGCAUAACCAGCACAGGGCCAGCUGCAGAGUGGAAAAGUGUCCUCCUCCGACUCCGCAUAACCAGCACAGGGCCAGCUGCAGAGUGGAACAGUGUCCUGCUCCGACUCCGCAUAACCAGCACAGGGCCAGCUGCAGAGUGGAACAGUGUCCUGCUCCGACUCCGCAUAACCAGCACAGGGCCAGCUGCAGAGUGGAACAGUGUCCUCCUCCGACUCCGCAUAACCAGCACAGGGCCAGCUGCAGAGUGGAACAGUGUCCUCCUCCGACUCCGCAUAACCAGCACAGGGCCAGCUGCAGAGUGGAACAGUGUCCUCCUCCGACUCCGCAUAACCAGCACAGGGCCAGCUGCAGAGUGGAACAGUGUCCUGCUCCGACUCCGCAUAACCAGCACAGGGCCAGCUGCAGAGUGGAACAGUGUCCUGCUCUGA